AAGUGUAUACAAACAGAUGCAUCUUGCGAGCUUCUUUGAAUUUGGAGGCAACUAGCACAUAUAUACAGCAAUUGGUUUCUUUUGGUCCUCAACCAAACGAAACAAGUCGAGUCCCAAGACUCCAGACUCAAAAGUAGCUGUUGUGCUCAUCAAAAUUAAGUUGACAUAGUUAGCUAUGUCAAUAAUACUCCUGCCGCAGCUUGAUCAUCAUCAGAGCAGCGUCGGUAUACAUAGCAUGCUGGACGUGCCUUCGUCCUUGUCCUUGGAAGCCAUCCAAGAAUUCGAAGAAGACUGCUACCCCUACUGCGAAUCUGAUGAUGAGGGGAGUUUGUUUUCUAUUGAUUUCAAUUGUAUCAAUCACAAGACGAAGCCGGAUCAAAUCAUUCAGGAAGAAAGGGUUUAUCACGUCGCAGUGGACCUGAUGAAGAGCGAGUCUAGCAUGGAUGCCCUUCUCUGGACGCUCAGCCAAGCCGUUACUCAUUCAUCAUCCAAUAUCAAAACCGUGUAUCAUGUCAAACUCGUACAUGUCUUUCCACCAAUUCGAUUCAUUCCUUCUCCAUUAGGACUGCUUCCAAGAAGUAAAGUGAGUCCAAAGAUGGUGAAUAAGUACCUGGCUCAAGAAAGAGACAAAAGGACCAAGCUCCUUGAGAAAUACGUUGCUGCAUGCUUAACCGCCAAGGUUAAGGUCGAUGUUAUGUUUAUUGAGAGUGAUACAAUUGCAAAGGCCAUCCUAAACCUUAUUCCAACUGGAAACGUGAAGAAUCUAGUUGUUGGAACAACGAUAUCCAAUCUCAGGAAACUGAGGUCUAGAAAGGGAACAGGGGUUGCUAAUCAGAUACUACGAAAUGCAUCUCCAGAAACGACGUCCUGCUGCGAUAUAAAGAUCAUAUGCAAGGGAAAGGAAGUGGUGAUUGAUCAGCUUAUCGGAUCGCCUUCCUCGCGUAGCAGUAAUGCAAAUUCCUUGUCAACGCAAGAGGAUCAAGAUCAAGAAGUAGCAAUGUGAUGAUAUGUCGAUCAUCAGAUAAUAAUAACAGAUCGAAGAGCUAGCUAGCUAGUUUUAGGGUACAAACUACAAAGCAUGUAAAUGGGAAAAGUAAAACCCUAAUAAUUCUGCUUUCUUUUGUUCUGAAGUGUGUUUGAACCCAAAAUUAACAUUUUUCCUGACAAAUGGGUGACUCGAAGAAAACCGGGCUAAUAUCCUUGGCCCAAGCUAUAUAUUUU